AUGAGUGGCCAGCGGCGCUCGGCCAAGCCCCGGCUCCGGCGCUCCUUCAGCGAGCAGCUGCGCGACUCCACGGCCAAAGCCUGGGAUCUGCUCUGGAAGGGCGUCCGCGAGAGGCGGCUCGCAGAAAUUGAAGCAAAGUUGGCAUGUGACUGGUUGCGAGCUGCUGGCUUUCCACAGUAUGCACAGCUCUAUGAAGAUUCCCAGUUUCCUAUUGACAUUGAAGCUGUAAAGAAAGACCAUGAUUUUCUUGACAAGGAUCUUGUAGAACCUCUUUGUAGACGAUUGAACACAUUGAACAAAUGCGCCUCAAUGAAACUCGAUGUGAAUUUCCAACGGAAAAAGGGUGAAGACUCUGAUGAAGAAGAUCUCUGUGCUAUCAGUAACAAAUGGACUUUCCAAAGGACAAGCCGACGAUGGUCUCGGGUAGAUGACAUUGACACCUUAAUUCAUCAGUCAGACAAACAUGGGUCCUCAGGGGACAUUAAAAUGAAAAUCACAACUAGCAGUGAAAGUGUGCUAACUGACCUGAGUGAGCCUGAGAUCUCUUCUGUCCACAGUGAAAGUAGCGGGGGAAGUGACCACAGGAGUCAGUCUGGACUCAGCAGCCUUCUCAGGGACACAUUUGAUUGUUCAGGACAAUACUGUGUAGAAAACAUCAUAGCCCAUGACUCUGCUUCAGUAGGCGGUACUCCCCUGCAGCCCCCAGAAGAUUCUGUUAACCUUGGGAAUGAGAGACCAACACGGACCAGAGCUAAAAACUUUCUAAAGCGCAUGGAGACACUAAAAGCCAAAGGUACACAUGGAAAAUCAAAAGGCUCUGGAAGGACUAGUGGCUUAGUAAUAAGCCAACCUAUUCUUCAGCAUGAACCAAAAAUCCUGAAGGAUAUGCAAUGUGUGCAAAUAGUGAAUGGAGACUUCCAAGGUGUGACAGCCCUCGAUGCAGCCAAGCAUGGGCUUUGCUUCUCCGCUAAGUCCAGUUGUGAGAGUAGCCAGUCAGAGAUCAGCAGUAGUGGAAUAAGCACUCCUUGCUUAAAGGAACAUAAAUAUAAUGAAGCCAAUAAACGAGGCGGCAUGUACCUGGAGGACCUGGAUGUUCUUGCAGGAGCAGCCUUCAGGCAGAUGGUAGACCAAAAUCGCAAAAAUGAAUUUCAUUCGCAAGAAAACCUCGUUGUUCAUAUUCCCAAAGACCACAUACCUGGAACAUUUCCUAAGGCACUUUCCAUUGAAAGCCUUUCUCCCACAGACAGUAGUAACAGCGUGAACUGGAGGACAGGCAGCAUUUCAUUAUGCAGGCAGAAGCGCUCAACACCUAAAGAGGCCAGCCCUCUGGCUUCCUGUCCCAAAGAGAGUCGGGUUAGCAUUUAUGACAACGUUCCAGGUUCUCACUUGUAUGCCAGCACUGGAGAUCUUCUGGACUUGGAAAGAGAGAACCUUUUCCCACAUCUGGAUGAUAUUUUGCAGCAUGUUAAUGGGCUUCAGGAAUCUGUGGAUGACUGGUCAAAAAACAUACUGCCGGAGCUGAAAAACAAUGACUCAUCAAAUAGUGAGCAUGGGACCUUACCAUUCCAGUCACCUUCUAAAAUGGCAUUAGACUUUGAACAGAACUCUGUAUCUGAUGGCCGCACAACACCUAGUGAUAUGGACAGAGAUGGGACCUCUCUAAAUGAAUCAGAAGCUACAGGUGUCAGGGAUAGAAGAGACUCUGGUGUUGGAGCAUCUCUCACCAGGCCAAACAGGCGAUUACGUUGGCAUAGUUUCCAGAUCUCUCACCAGCUGAGCCAUAACAUAGGAUCGCUGCAGAUCAGCAAUCAGUCAGCUGCUCAGUUAAAUCUGCUGCAGAAAUUCUCCUUGCUUCGUCUUACCGCCAUCAUGGAAAAAUACUCCAUGUCAAACAAGCAUGGCUGGACAUGGUCAGUGCCAAAAUUCAUGAAGAGAAUGAAAGUUCCGGACUACAAGGAUAAGAACGUUUUUGGUGUGCCUUUAAUAGUCCAUGUGCAAAGGACAGGGCAACCCCUUCCACAAAGCAUACAGCAAGCCUUACGCUAUUUACGCAACAACUGCUUGGAUCAGGUGGGCCUUUUUCGGAAGUCAGGUGUGAAAUCCCGAAUACAGGCCCUACGUCACAUGAAUGAAAGCUCCCCUGAAAAUGUCAGCUAUGAAGACCAGUCAGCAUAUGAUGUGGCAGAUAUGGUAAAGCAAUUUUUCAGGGACCUUCCAGAACCUCUUCUCACUAGCAAGCUAGGAGAAACUUUCCUCCAUAUCUAUCAAUAUGUUCCAAAAGAACAGCAGCUCCAGACGGUACAGGCAGCCAUUAUGCUGAUGUCUGAUGAAAACAGGGAGGUUCUGCAGACGCUUCUCUGUUUCUUGAACGACGUCACCUCGGUGGAAGAGAAUCAGAUGACCCCCAUGAAUAUCGCUGUGUGCCUGGCCCCUUCUCUUUUUCACCUCAAUAUAAUAAAGAAAGAAAGCUCACCACGAGUAAUACAGAAAAAAUAUGCAAACGGGAAGCCAGAUCAGAAAGAUCUCAGUGAAAACCUGGCAGCAACUCAGGGCCUGACUCAUAUGAUAACAGAAUGUGAUAAACUUUUUGAGAUCCCACAUGACAUGGUAGCCCAGUCUCGGAAUUCAUAUGUGGAUGCGGAAGUGCAUUCUCCAACUCUGGAGGAACUGGGGAAGCAAAUGGAGGAAGAAGGUGGAAAUUACCAGACCUACCUUGAAAUUGUGAUGCAGAACGUCUGUAAAGAAGCCAAGGAGAAAUUCAAAGGAUGGGUCACUUGUUCCAGCAUAGAAAAUACAGACCUCUCCUACAAGAAGGUUGGAGAUGGAAAUCCUCUAAGACUGUGGAAGGCGUCUGUGGAAGUCGAGGCUCCUCCCUCAGUUGUACUGAACCGAGUGCUAAGAGAGCGCCAUCUGUGGGAUGAGGAUUUCUUGCAAUGGAAAGUCACUGAAACCUUGGACAAGCAGACUGAGAUCUACCAAUACGUUUUGAAUAGUAUGGCUCCCCAUCCUGCCAGAGACUUUUUAGUCUUGAGGACGUGGAGAACAGACUUGCCUAAGGGGAUGUGUGUGUUAGUGACUGUCUCUGUGGAACAUGAAGAAGCCCCUCUGAUGGGAGGUGUGCGGGCGGUUGUUAUGGAUUCCCAGUAUUUAAUAGAGCCUUGUGGCUCUGGGAAAUCUCGCCUCACGCAUAUCUGCAGGAUUGACCUCAAAGGCCAUUCACUGGAGUGGUACAGUAAAGGCUUUGGACAUCUCUGUGCAGCAGAAGUUGCCAAUAUCAGAAAUUCAUUUCAACCCCUUAUUGCUGAGGGGCCAGAAACAAAAAUCUGAGUGAUGGAGGAAUUCUCUGCAUGCAUUAAAGCCACUGGAUUUCAACCUACA